AUGAACAGCCCGGCGGCAUUGCUGGAGCGUCGGGACCGCGCAGCAGGGCAUAACGUACAAGUGAAACGAGCUUGUCUCCCGUCAGUGACCCGGGGCGUGAACGUGGAAGGUGUUUCCUUCUCUCAUCCCGUGAACCGCCACGAAGAACCCGUUUUUAGUUCAUGCUGGCACGUUUCUGACGUAAGCUUUCGCCAUAUCAAACGCUCUAUUGCCGCUCAUUUUGACUGCGCGAGCGGCCGGCGAACGGCUGACAGGCGGCGUCUUCUUCUUUUUUUUGUGUGAGUGCCAAGUGAUAGAUACGAGACCGAGGCGUGUUCACGUACCACGGAUAUCCCCGGGAAAAAAAAGAAGAAGAGAAGGGGCUUCCUAACACUUCACGUGGCCUGUGGAUGUGACCGUACCUCCGGUCGGGUUCAGGACCUGACGGAGCAGCGCUGCCGGGUUUCACGGGGCUCUCGCUAGCUGUUGGACGGCCAGAUGAACAAUGACCGUCGAGUCCUUUUAGUUUUGCUCGCAUGUUGUAAUGCGAAUAUCUGCUGUGGUUUGGGUUUUUAAAAGGAAAAAAACUGCGGACAGUGAACGCAAUUUUUGUAUUUUCGCGAAGCCGGAGUUAACGCUGGUUAAACCCAGAGGAUCAAUUCAGGCGCGGCCAGCUAACAAUGCGGAUUACAUCGAGACUCUUUUUCCCUUUGUGUCAAUACACACUGUUUGUAUAAAGUUUGAGAGAACACCUGCAGCAACAACACCCGGAACCGUUUUCUGUAAAAAAAAAAAAAAAAAAAAAUUAAGCAGUCCCUUAUUUUCAUUGUCUCGGGAGGAAGGCGAUACGUUGACGUGAGGUCCAGAUCCCACAUGUGCGGAGGCUUCCUGUGAGACCGCAAACUGGCCGACAACAGAGCAACCGGGACCACGAUGGCCAACGACUCCGUACAAAGCGACUCUGGUGGGCUGUCGGUUCUGGAGCAGCUCGGCCUGGACCAGAACUCUGAUUUCUCCGAUACCAGCGUGCAGCAGCUUUUGGACGAGCAUCGCGAAAGGAUCCGCAGAGAGAUCCGCCGGGAGCUGAAAAUCAAGGAGGGAGCCGAGAACCUACGGCGGGCGACGACCGACAAGAGGAACGCUCAGCAGGUGGAGAGCCAGUUGCGAUCUUCAAAUCGCAAGUUGGACGACCUUCAUGCGCAACUGCAGGAACUGGACGCUCACAUUGUGGUGAAGGGGGGGGAAGAGAACAGAGACGAGUGUCCCAGCUCUCCGGGGGCGGAGAGCCGCACGUCGGCCCACAAGGAUCGCAUCGCUGCCCUGGAGAGGCAGCUCAACAUCGAGCUCAAAGUCAAGCAGGGGGUCGAAAACAUGAUCCCCAUCUACGCCAACGGGUCCACCAAGGAUAAGAAGAUGCUGCAGACAGCCCAGCAGAUGCAGCAGGACAGCAAGACCAAAAUUGACAUCAUCCGCAUGCAGAUCCGCAAAGCUGUGCAGGCCACCGAGCACAACGAGGACACCCAGGGUAACCAGGACCUCUGUGGGAUGGAGCUGCGCAUUGAAGAGCUGAGGCAUCAUUACAGAGUGGAGCAUGCUGUUGCUGAAGGGGCCAAAAAUGUGCUGAGACUCCUGGGGGCCAGCAAGGUCCAGGACAAGAAAGCCUUGUCCGAGGCGCAAUCUCGUCUGAGCGAGGCGUCCCAGCGCCUGGACCUGCUGAGGGACUCUCUGGACCAGCGUCUGGCAGAGCUGCCUGAGGACCACCCCAAGGCCACUGUCAUCAAAGAGGAGCUGGUCCUGGCUUCCUCCCCCGCCUUCAGCUCUCGCCAUGGUGCCCCGUACCUCCACAACCAGUACAACACGCUCAACAAGCCCUCCCCUCUCACUGGUACUUUACAGGUGCAGGUGCUGGGCUGCGUGGGGUUGUUGGAGGUGGUCCCCGGUCGCACUAAAGGGAUAUCUGUCAUGCUACCCUGCUACAGCCCCGGAGACACCCGGUCCUUCAUGAGAGGCAGCAAGGGGCUCUACGGCCGGAGCGGCUCAGUCAGCGGGAAGACCCCCAGCAAGACGGAGGAGCUCUCAUCGGAGGUGAGUGCUGUGCUGAAGCUGGAUAACGGCGUGGUGGGACAGACGGCCUGGAAGACUGUAGGAGAGCAGGCUUGGGACCAGACCUUCACUGUGGAGCUGGAAAGGUCGAGGGAGAUGGAGAUUGCAGUCUACUGGAAGGACUACCGCUCGUUGUGUGCUCUGAAGUACCUGAAGCUGGAGGAGUUCCUGGACAACCAGAAACACAGAGUUCAGCUGGAGCUCGAGCCUCAAGGCCUGCUGCUGGCUGAGGUGAUAUUUUUCAAUCCAAUCAUUGAGAGAGUUCCUCGUCUCCAGAGGCAGAAGAAAGUCUUUUCUAAGCAACAAGGCAAGGCCUUCCUUCGUGCGCGCCAGAUGAAUGUUGACAUCGGGACGUGGGUGAGGCUCCUUCGAAACGCCAUUCCCACCCCCAACAACUCGGGAACCUACAGCCCCAACACACAGAGCCUGACGCUCAGCGCCGGUGAGGUCUCUGUGGAGAAGUUGAACUUGGACAGCGACUCUCCGAUGAGAGGCGAUUUCAAGAGGGACGUGGACGCACAGACCCCGGACCGACUGGCAGUCAUCGAGCCCUUCUCCCCCCCAGACCUCACCCCCGAGUGCCCUGUGCGAACCCAAUCGGUUGGCAGUAAGCAGAGGAAAGGUCCUCUGUCCCUCCAGGACUUCCGACUGAUUGCUGUGCUGGGCAGGGGACACUUUGGGAAGGUGUUGUUAUCAGAAUACAAGAAGACGGGCACGAUGUACGCCAUCAAAGCCCUGAAGAAAGGCGACAUUGUUGCUCGGGAUGAGGUGGAAAGUCUGAUGUGCGAGAAGCGCAUCUUUGAGGUGGUGAACAUGUCGCACCAUCCCUUCCUGGUCAACCUGUUUGCGUGCUUCCAGACCCCACAGCACGUGUGCUUUGUCAUGGAGUACACGGCAGGAGGCGACCUGAUGAUGCACAUCCACACAGACGUCUUCACCGAGCCGCGAGCCGUGUUUUAUGCAGCCUGCGUAGUUCUUGGACUUCAGUUUCUCCAUGACCAUAAGAUUGUGUACAGAGACCUCAAGCUUGACAACCUGCUGCUGGACACCGACGGCUAUGUGAAGAUCGCUGACUUUGGACUGUGUAAAGAAGGAAUGGGCUUUGGGGACCGGACCAGUACCUUCUGUGGGACUCCAGAGUUCUUGGCCCCAGAGGUCCUUACGGAUACGUCCUACACCAGGGCAGUAGACUGGUGGGGGCUGGGAGUCCUCAUCUACGAAAUGUUGGUGGGAGAGUCUCCAUUCCCGGGCGAUGACGAAGAGGAGGUGUUUGACAGCAUUGUGAAUGAUGAAGUCCGCUAUCCACGCUUCCUGUCUACUGAGGCUAUCGGCAUCAUGAGGAGGCUGUUGAGAAGGAACCCGGAGAGACGGCUUGGAUCUGGUGAAAAAGAUGCAGAAGAAGUGAAAAAGCAGCCGUUUUUCAGACACGUGGACUGGGAGGCGCUGCUGCAGAAGAAGGUGCCCCCUCCCUUCGUCCCCUCCAUUGUCGGCAAGGAAGACGUUAGCAACUUUGACGAGGAGUUCACCGCCGAAGCCCCGGCGCUGACGCCGCCACGCGAGCCUCGCGUGCUCUCGCGCAAAGACCAGGAGAGCUUCCGUGACUUUGACUACGUCUCUGACCUCUGCUAGUGGGCUCACAGACCUCAAGAGGAAUGUUCGGCUUCGAGCGGUCUUCGUCUGAGCGGCACCGCCUGUCGGCCGUCAAUUUACACUGUGAAUGAAUGCGGAGAAGCCGGGGGCAGUCAGUCUCUGGUGUGGGGGGUUUUAAAGAUGGAGGACUGAGAAAAUAAAAGCACGCACAGACAAGGUGGUGACAUAUCACUAUCACGGCAAGGGGAGAUGUUGGAGAAACAAAACGAAGCCCCCCCCGCGGCCCCCCUCGCUCAAAUCGUUGUUACAACACACCACGGACUCGUGUAGCCUUUAAAAUGCCGCCUCCUCAUCUUAUGUGUCUGUGUAUUCAUGAGCAGCUGUGAGAGGACUGUUUGGGAGGGGGUGGGGGUUCAAGUCCACUCAUACCAAUGCCUUACACAGAAAAGCAUUUUGUUUUUGUUUGGCGGCCCUUUUGUACAGAGCAGCAGGAGCACUGACCAGAGUUGAGUGGGAACGGAAACGUCACAUUCGCAGAUGAUGAUGAUGAUGAUGAUGAUGACGACGGGCAGUCAGGCUCACCGUCGCUUGGCAAAUGAUGUUACCUUGUGAGGUACAAAGGAACCAAUUUAUAGCUUUUCUUUAGAAGUACUUCUUAAAUGUGUGUGUGUGUUGAUUUGAAUUGCCAUUUUAGAUGCCACAAACAUUACGUAAGCAAUUCAUAAAGAAGUCUUGUUUUAUGAAGGUCGCCUUCUCCGUGCUUUGAAUUGGAUAACCCGUUAUACAUAGUUUGAUAUAAAACAGGUGUAACAGACACAGAAUCACAACAAUCAGCAUGAAAGCUACCUGGGAACCAGGUGAUUUUAUCUUUUUAGAAGAAGAAAAAAAAAACACUACGACUUGAUAUGCGAGUAACAUUAGGUUGUCUGUCCACUAGGGGUGUGAGAUGAAGUAAUUUCCCUUCAAGACACUUCAUCUAACAGUUCCUUCAGUGUUUUUAAGGACUCCUUCCACUAAGAGAUCCCAGCUAAAGUUAUUCUGGCAAUAUAUUUCUAAAUGGGCGAUAGAAUUUGAAACGGGAGGAUUAAUGUGGGAAAAUAUGAGCCGGUGGUAAUAAACUUCUGUAACAUUUUACCAUCUCUGUGUUUGGGUUUGUUGUGAAGCUAUGUAUGUUUGUAUGGUGCGUGGAUUCUACUUAUCUUGUGUAUGACAAUACAAAACCCUGUGAGAGGAUGAGGAUUUUUUUUUAUAAAGAAAACCUGGUGUGAGGA